AUGCUAGACAUCCGGCGAGGAUCACAGCAAGGCGAGAAUUUCUUCAAAGCGGCAAUUAAAAAUUGUGGUAGGACAAAAGAAUGGAGCACCGCACUGCAGCUAUUCUGCGAAGUGUCUCGGCUGCGCUCGGCAGUCAGUCCAGGCUGUUACGUUGCAGCCGUCGGCGCAUGCGGCAAAGGAAAACAGUGGCAGCAGUCUCUGGCGCUGCUCAGCGAGAUGUGGGAGGCGACGCUGAAGCCCGACGUCAUCAGCUGCAGCGCCGGGAUCAGCGCGUGCGAGAAGGGCGAGCAGUGGCCGCAGGCUCUGGCGCUGAUCGGCGAUAUGUGGGAGGCGCAGCUGAAGCCUGACGUCAUCUGCUGCAACGCUGGGAUCAGCGCGUGCGAGAAGGGUGAGCAGUGGCAGCGAGCUCUUUCGCUGCUUAGCGAAAUGUGGGAGGCGAGGCUAGAGCCCGACGUCAUCAGCUACAGCGCUGGGAUCAGCGCUUGCGAGAAGGGCAGACAGUGGCAGCGGGCUUUGACGCUGCUCAGCGAAAUCUGGGAGGCGAAGCUGGAGCCCAACGUCUUCAGCUUCAACGCUUUGAUCAGCGCGUGCGAGAAGAGCGAGGAGUGGCAGCGGGCUCUGGCGCUGCUGCGCAGGAUGUGUGAGGCGAGGCUGGAGCCCGACGUCAUCUUCAGCUUCAACGCUGGAAUCAGUGCGUGCGAGAAGGGCGAGCAGUGGCAGCAGGCUUUGGCGCUGCUGGGCGAGAUGUGGGAGGCCAAGCUCAAGCCCGACCUCAUUGGCUACAGCGCUGGGAUCAGCGCGUGUACCAGUGGCGAGCAGUGGCAGCGGGCUUUGGCGCUGCUGGGCGAGAUGAGGGAAGUGAAGCUGGAGCUCGACAUGAUGAGCUACAGCGCUGGAAUCAGUGCGUGCGAGAAGGGCGAGCAAUGGCAGCGGGCUUUGGCGCUGCUGGGCGAGAUGUGUGAGGCGAAGCUCGAGCCUGACGUCUUCUCUACAGCGCUGGGAUCAGCGCGUGCGGGAAUGGCGAGCAGUGGCAGCGGGCUUUGGCGCUGCUGA